UCAUUAUGCAUUUCAUAGUAGUUGAAGUAGAGGAGGGUGCGCUACUUCUUCCUCGGAGGAGUGUGAUCUUGACUGGCCAUCAUUUGGAGUCAAUUCAGCUGCCGGAGAAAAACUGCAAGCCACAGAUUGGUGACUGAAACCAAGGGACUACAUUUCGCAAAGUUCUCUGACACGCAAAGAGCUGGUGGAGGUGAAUCAGAAAUAAGACAACAUGAGUGACCGUUUUGACUGUGGUGAGUGCAAGGAGUCCCUGUACGGACGCAAAUACAUUCAGGUGGAGGGCGUUUCCCACUGCAUCCCCUGCUAUGACCGCCUGUAUGCCAACACAUGUCAGGAGUGCAAGGAGCUCAUCGCACACAACGCACGGGAGCUGUUCUACAAGGACAGGCACUACCACGAACACUGUUUCCGAUGUUUGCGCUGUGACCGCUCGCUGGCGGACGAGCCCUUCACCAGCCAGGAGGAGGCGCUGCUGUGCAACGACUGCUACCAUAAUGAGUUCUCGUCCAAGUGUGUGGCCUGCGACAAGACCGUCAUGCCAGGCUCAAAGAAGUUGGAGUAUGGGGGCUCUGUGUGGCACGAGGACUGCUUUGUGUGCCAUGGCUGUGAGAAGCCCAUCGGUGGCCAGUCCUUCAUCCCCGACAAAGACGACUACUACUGUGUACCCUGCUACGAGGGCAGGUUCACCCCGCGAUGCAGCCUCUGCAAAAAGGUGCUGGCGACAGGAGGCGUCAGCUACAAAGAUGAGACGUGGCACAAGGAGUGUUUGGUGUGCAACGGCUGUAAGAGCCCACUGGCGGGCCAGCCCUUCACUUCCCAGGGGGACACGCCCUACUGCGUCAAGUGCUUCAGCAGCCUCUACGCACAGAAGUGUGCCUCCUGUAACUCGCCCAUCACAGGGUUUGGCGAGGGGAAGUACAUUUCUUUCCAGGAUAGGCAGUGGCACCAGCCCUGCUUCAAGUGCUCCCACUGCUCUGUCUCUCUGGUUGGGUCCGGCUUCUUCCCUGACCGGGACCAGAUCCUUUGCGGAGACUGCAACAACGACCAAGAAGACCAAUGAGAAUCACUUUCUCUGUCCUUCAACUGUGCUUGACCAAUCACAAAUGUACAGUUAUAGCCAUCCCGUUUGUAACACACAGCGGUGACAUGACCACCUAUCGUACAUUAAAGAGAGCCUCUAAACCUCAACCUAUAUUUAAUACUACAUCACCCUAAAUAUAUACAGUACCAGACAAACGAUUGGACACACAUUGUACAAUAAUAGUGAAGACAUCAAAACUAUGAAAUAACACAUAUGGAAUAAACAAAUCAAAAUAUUUCAUAUUUGAGAUUCUUCAAAGGAGCUACCCUUUUCCUUGAUGACAGCAUUGCACACUUGGCAUUCUCUCAACCAGCUUCAUUAGGAAUGCUUUUCCAACAGUCUUGAAGUUCCUACAUAUGCUGAGCACUUGUUGGCUGCUUUUCUUUCACUCUCCGGUCCAACUCAUCCUAAACCAUCUCAAUUGGUUGAGGUCGAGUGAUUGUGGAGGCCAGGUCAUCUGAUGCAGCACUCCAUCACUCUCCUUCUUGGCCAAAUAGCCAUUACACAGCCUGGAGGUGUGUUUUGGGUCAUUGUCCUGUUGAAAAACAAAUUAUUCUCCACUAAGCUCAAAUCAGAUGGAAUGGCAUAUCGCUGCAGAAUGCUGUGGUAGCCAUGCUGGUUAAGUGUGCCUUGAAUUCAAAAUAAAUCACACACAGUGUCACCAGCAAAGCACCAUCUCACCUCCUCCUCCAUGCUUCACUGUGGGAACCACACAUGCAGAGAUCAUCCGGUCACCUACUCUGCGUCUUACAAAGACACGGUUGGAAACAUAAAUCUCAAAUUUGGACUCAUCAGUACCAAAGGACAGAGUUCCACCAGUCUAAUAUCCAUUGCUCGUGUUUCUUGGCCCAAUCACGUCUCUUCUUAUUAAUGGUGUCCUUUAGUAGUGGUUUCUUUGCAGCAAUUCGACCAUGAAGGCCUGAUUCACGCAGUCUCCUCUGAACAGUUGAUGUUGAGAUGUGUCUAUUACUUGAACUCUGUGAAGCAUUUAUUGGGCUACAAUUUAUGAGGCAGGUAACUCUAAUGAACUUAUCCUCUUGAGCAGAGGUAACUCUGGGUCUUCCUUUCCUGUGGCGGUCCUCAUGAGAGCCAGUUUCACCAUAGCCCUUGAUGGUUUUUGCGACUGCACAUGAAACUUUCAAAUAUCUUGACAUUUUCCAAGUUUGAAUGACCACCAAGUAAUGAUAGACUGUUGUUUCGCUUUGCUUAUUUGAUCUGUUCUUGCGAUAAUAUGGACUUGGUCUUUUGCCAUGUAGGGCUUUUAUAACGGCUGUUUGAAGAAGAGGACCAAGGUGCAGCGUGGUACGCGUUCAUGAUUUUUAAUCAAACUGAACACUAGAACAAAAAAUAACAAAGCGACACAAAUGAAACAGUUCUGUCAGGUUCAGAAACACACAAAACAGAAAAUAACUACCCACAAAACACAAGUGGGAAAAGGCUACCUAAGUAUGGUUCCCAAUCAGAGACAACGAUAGACAGCUGCCUCUGAUUGAGACCCACACCCGGCCAAACACACAGAAAUAGAAAACAUGGAACACAAAACAUAGAAUGCCCACCCCAACUCACGCCCUGACCAAACCAAAAUAGAGACAUAAAAAGGAUCUCUAAGGUCAGGGUGAGACAUCUUCUGUAUAUCACCCAUACCUUGUCACAGCACAACUGAUUGGCUGAAACGUAUUAAGAAGGAUAGAAAUUCCACAAAUUAACUUUUAGCAAGGCACACGUUAAUUGAAAUGCAUUCCAGGUGACUACCUCAUGAAGCUGGUUGAGAAAAUGCCAAGAGUGUGUAAAGUUGUCAUCAAGACAAAGGGUGGAUACUUUGAAGAAUCUCAAAUGUAAAAUAUAUUUUGAUUUGUUUAACACUUAUUUUGGUUACUACAUGAUUCCAUAUGUGUUAUUUCAUAGUUUUGAUGUCUUCACUAUUAUUCUACAAUGUAGAAAAUAGUACAAAUAAAGAAAAACUCUUGAAUGAGUAGGUGUGUCCAAACUUUUAACCUGUACUGUAUAUAUCUUAAAAUAUAUAAUACACAUUUUUUUCAGUGUUGCAUGUAUGUCUAUGUUGUUAAACUGAUUUUCAAACAUAAAAAGCACAUUGAAAUAUAUUUAUAAUGUAAACACUUAUUUUUUACCCAAAAUAUUUUUUGCCCCUUUUUCUUCCCAAUUUCGUGGUCUCCAAUUGGUAGUUACAGUCUUGUCUCAACGCUGCAACUCCCGUACGGACUUGAGAGAGACGAAGGUCGAGAGCCGUGCGUCCUCCGAAACACAACCUAACCAAGCCGCACUGCUUCUUGACACAAUGCCCACAACCUAGAAGCCAGCCGCACCAAUGUGUCGGAGGAAACACCGUACACCUGGGGACUGUGUCAGCGUGCAAUGCGCCCGGCCCGCCACAGGAGUCGCUAGAGCACUUGUAAGAAUAUCUGAACUAUUCGUAUCCUGAAGGAGCUUACAUAUUAAUGCAGCUGACCUGAGCUCUGCCGAAAUAUGCCAUUAAUGAUGCGCACACAGUCUGAACUAAAUAGUGUCUUAACAGCUGUAUUUUAUUGCAGCUAUAUCAAAAAGUAUCAAACAGUCAAUUAUAUUUCUUUGUAUUAUUUUAUCACUUUCUUUCCUCUGUUUGCUGUAUUAUAACCAGUAAUAUUACAACUCUAAACCAAUCCAGUAUGUACUGUAAUAAUAACCCUAUUGGGUCAGAAUACUGUGUCUGUAAAGGUGGGCCAAAAUAAACACUUUGUAAGGCUUC